AUGAAGUUAAAUCAAGAGUAUUGGGUAUCAGAACUGCCCAAACCACUUACAUUUAUACCUAUUACACAAUUAGCAAUUCCAGGAUCUCACGAUUCGUUUUCGUACACCAUCACACCACAUAGUGAAUUAGGGCCAGAUGCUUCAAGACUUGUAAAAUAUUUAAACUGCCUGUUAGGACCUGCCAUGCGCCGAUUUGUCUACAAAUGGUCUAUUACUCAGACAUGUAAUAUUCAAACUCAACUGAAUAUUGGAAUAAGGUAUUUUGAUUUAAGAAUGGCGACUAAACCAAAUGAUACCAAUUUUUACACAGUUCAUGCACUUUAUGGUGAUCCAGUUACAAAGGAAUUGGUGAAUAUGAAGGAAUUUUUGGUGACACAUACCAAGGAGAUUCUCAUAUUGGAUUUUCAACAUUUUUAUAAUUUCUCAGAAGCUGAUCACAAUCGAUUAUCAACAGCUUUGAAAUUACUAUUUCAUAAUAUGAUUUGUCCUUAUUUAUAUCCAAUUGAAAAGCUUGACUUGAAUACCAUGAGAGCAAAUAAUUGGCAGGUAAUUAUUGUUUAUAGACAUUCUCAAGACGACAUAUUUUGGCCAUCUUCACAUUGGCCAACACCAUGGCCACAAACCACAUCUUAUAAAAAAUUAAUAACAUUUUUAGAAUGUGGUCUCAAACAAAGAAAAAAAAAUGCAGGAUAUGUAACUCAGUGUCUAUUUACACCAGAUGUAAAGUUUAUAAUGAGAUAUUUUUAUUCAAAUCUUCAAAAUUGUUGUCGUUCAUUAAAUAUUGCUAUACCUAAAUGGAUAAGUAAACAAAAAAUAGGUAACGAGCAUGGUGUAAACGUCAUAAUUGCAGACUUUAUUAACAACAAUGGAUUUAAUUUUUGUGAUAUUGUUGUCCACCUGAAUUAUAAAUGUUUAAAAACUUUAAAUAAUACACAUGGUUUUGUUUAG